AUGUCGGCCAUCUUUAUUGAUCCCAAGGAUCUACCAGACGGUGGCUACGGCCUAAUCCAAGUGUUGUUCCUGGGUGCUGUCUAUGGCUUUGUGCUUUUCAACGCAAGCAACCUCAUCUCGGACGGCAGUGAGCUGCUGCUGCUUGUGCCGUCCAUGGCUGGCAUUGUUGGUAGUAUCGUACUGCCUGUGUUGGGUGCCGUGCCCGACGGUGCCAUCGUACUGUUCUCCGGCAUGGGACCGAAUGCCCAGGAGCAGGUAUCCGUAGGUGUGGGUGCUCUUGCAGGCUCUACCAUUAUGCUGCUUACUAUUCCAUGGGCGCUCAGCAUCUACGCCGGCCGCGUCAACAUUGACGACAACGGCCGCGGCAACUACAUACGGCCCAAGGGCGAUCAGCACUGGGCCAAGCUCAUGCCGCCUGGAAACAAAAGUAUGACCAGGACGGGCGUCGUACUGUUCGACGAGAUCCCGUCCACGGCCAAAACCAUGAUCUUCACGAGCUUGAUCUACUUAAUCCUACAGGUGCCGGCCUUAUUUUACACGGGCACGGCCGAGAAGGACGCUAAGGCUGAUAACAUCAAGGUCGCCAAUAUUGAGAAGCCAUUCGCCAUCAUUGCCUUUGUGGUGUCCAUGAUUUCUUUUGUGCUGUACCUCUGCUGGAACGUUCAGCGCUCCUCGGAAGUUAAAGAAGACGUGAUUGAUGAGGUCCGUGUGGCUGCUAUUCGUGACGGAGAGAUCAGUCUGUCCGGUAUUCUUGCCAAGGAAGUAGCCAACUUUAAGAAAGAGUCACCGACUAACACGACUCCUCUCAAAGCCACGCGCGAGCAGUUCGACCGUGUGGCUGAUGUCAUCCGUCCCUUCUUCCAUGCCUACGACAAGAACCGUGACCAUCGCAUGGACGCUGAUGAGCUGCAGAUUUUCUUCAAGGACUUGGGCGAGAGCCUUUCCCGCGAAGAGGCUGAGACAUGGAUGGCGGCCGCUGACAAAGAUAAGAGCGGAUUUAUCGAAUUCAAUGAGCUCGUGGAGGCUACUCUCCGCUAUCUACUGGCCAAAUACGAGAACGAAUGUCACGGUCGAUCGUCGGUCUCGAUGCAGCGCGUCGUGGUGGAGCAAAAGCAUUCCCUGGCUAUCCCAGCCGCUGAAGGAGACGACGACGACGAGGAGGAGGAGGAAGUACCGGAAGAUCUCGCUCACCUGUCCAUUGCCGAGCAACAGCAGAAGAUUAAGAUCCGCUCGGCGUACAUGAUGUUCCUAGGUACGGCACUCGUGCUGGUGUUCUCGGACCCAAUGGUCGAUGUGCUGUCGGAAAUUGGUGCACGCACUGGCAUUCCCCCAUUCUACGUGUCGUUCGUGGUAGCCCCGCUGGCUUCGAACGCUAGUGAGCUCAUUGCUGCUUUCAACUACGCGCAGAAAAAGACAUCCAAGACAAUCUCCAUUUCGGUGUCUGCUCUUCUUGGUGCUGCCUGCAUGAACAACACCUUCUGUCUUGGCAUCUUUGCAGCACUCAUGUCAUUCAAGAGUGGCGGUCUCGUCUGGGAGUUCUCUGCUGAGACGUUCGCGAUUCUGCUAGUGGAGCUCUGCAUCGGCUGCAUCGCCAUGAAAAAGACCCAGCGUCUGGUUGACGGUGUCAUCGUGCUGUGUCUGUAUCCGCUCUCUAUCUUUCUCGUGUUUGUGCUGGAGAACGUGCUUGGUCUGGACUGA